AUGGAUACAAACCCUGGGAGUAGAGUUGUAGUCACUACUGUAACUCCAACACCCACUGAAAAAAUCCCCCAUCCAGGUCCAAGAUUCCAUGCUAUGUUCUAUUGCAUCAAUGGAGCAAGGGAGGGGUUUCUCAAGGGGUGCAGACCAUUCAUUGGUGUUGAUGGGUGCUUCAUUAAGUUAACUACUGGUGCUCAACUACUUGCUGCCACUGGUAGAGAUGGCAACAACAAUAUAUACCCACUAGCAUUUGGUAUUGUUGGGCAAGAGGACACACCUAACUGGUGUUGGUUUCUACACCAACUUAAAAUCUGCCUAGGAGGAGAAGUGGGAAGGUUUGGUCCAUAUACAAUAAUGUCAGAUAGACAAAAGGGCCUACUAAAUGCAGUGAAUGCUGUCUUUCUUAAGUGCAACCAAAGGUUCUGCCUUAGGCAUAUCUAUGCAAACUUCCAAAAUGCUGGGUUUAGGGGGGAAGAUCUGAAAAAGUGUAUGGAUAAUGCUGCCUAUGCAUAUAGUGAACACAAAUUUAACAUUGCAAUGAAUGACCUUAGAGCUGAGUGUGAGCAAGCUUGGGAGUGGCUUUGUCAAAUACCCAAUAAAACAUGGGCAAGGCAUGCAUUUGACACAAACUGCAAGACUGACCUUGUAGUUAACAAUUUAUCUGAGGUGUUCAACAAGUAUGUCCUAGAUGUUAGGAAGAAACCAAUUAGGACAAUGUGUGAUGGAAUAAAGGAUAAGCAGAUUGUGAGGUGGCAUAGGAAUAGGGAGAGUGGAAAGAAAGCUAGAUGGGACAUAACACCCCAUUAUAGUGAGAAGCUAGAGGUUGAGAAGGAGAGGGCCAAAUAUUGCAAACCAAUUCAAGCUGGUGUGGACUUGUGGCAAGUUACAAGUGGGCAGCAAAUCCAUGCUGUUAACUUGCAAAUGCACACAUGUGGGUGCAGAAAAUGGGACCUAAGUGGCAUCCCAUGUAACCAUGCCAUCUCAGCAAUAAACAAGGCCAAAAGAAAACCAGAGGAUUAUGUCAGCAAGUUCUUCAAGAAAGAAAUUUAUCUGGCAGCUUAUGAACCAAUGAUUUAUCCAGUUCCUGGUGAGCAUGACUGGACAAGGACCCCUGGUCCAGACAUUGACCCACCUGCAUUUAAAGUGAAGAGAGGAAGAAAGAAAGAGAAGAGGAUCAAGGGGAAAUUUGAAGUUCCAAAGCCUAAGGCGACAUCAAGAAUGGGGACUAUAACAUGUGGCAAUUAUGGACUGCAAGGACAUAGGUACACAAGCUGCAACAAGCAGUUGAAGCCCGAGCUGGCUUUGAGGAAGAACAAACAUGUGCCUCUUGCAAGGAAUUCCAAUGCUGGUGCUGCUGCUACUACACCAGCAUCAAGAACUUCUCAUCCAGCUCCUACAACAACACCAACAGCUGAAACAGGAGCUGGGAGAGGAGCUGGGAGAGGAGUUGGGAGAGGGGCUGCAGCUGCUGGGAGUGGUGCUGCUAGAGGUGCUGGUAGAGGUGCUGGUAGAGGUGGUGCACCAGGUGCCGGGAGAGGUGCUGGGAGAGGGAGAGGUAUAUUCUCUGCCCCAAGGCAAUCUGGUCCCUCCACAUCUACUGCUGGGAGAGGUGCUGGUGGUACACAUAGUGGAUGGAGGAGCUACUUCUAUGCAAGUGGUAACUAG